CAUCGGGGUUCUUCAUUGCUACCAGCAUCUUGUUGCACAUCUGGAUUAAACUCCGUUACGCACGCGUCUUCCAGCACCUACCAGUAAGAAAAUAUUGCUUUAUGACAGAGAGGUGCGUACAAAGGAUGCUAGUAGCAAAGAAACAAUGAAGCAGAACGCAGACAGCAAGAGUUAUGUAAAAGAACUAGAUAUUAAAGUAGGGGACACAGUUCUGUGUCGACAAGCGAAGCUCAACAAGAAAACCACACCUUUCAACAGUGAGCCGAUGAUUGUUCUGAAGAGGAAAGGCAGUUUAUUUACAGCCAGAAAUGCCACAAGAACCAUCACAAGGCAUAUUACAUUUUUCAAGAAGCUACAAAGGCUGGAUGAGAACAAGUCAAGGUGCGAAGGAGAUUAUACCACACAGCCACUUUCACCUGACACUGAUGAAAGAGAAGAAGAUGUCAUUCCACCAAAUGAAGUGCCAAUAGAGAGACCGGUGAGAAUAAGACAAGCUCCUGCUAGAUACAGAGAUGAAAACUUUCAGACUGAGUUUUAAUCUAACAAUGCAACAGACACAAUAGAACCAUGUUAUGUGUACUUUAUCAAUUAUGUUAUGUUAUGUUUUGUUUUGUAAUUAGGGGAGGAAUGUAAUGUUCUAAACGAGGCUGUUUGAUUAUGAGGUUAUUAUGAUGUAACAUCGAAGUGACAGAAGCACGUCUUUAUAUGUGUGUUACUUUUUGUCUAAUUGUGGACUCUUCAUGCACUACGACAUUUAUUUAGUCAUUUUGGUCUACCAUAUCAUAUCGUCACGGAUAAUGGAACACAAUUUACUAGUAAUGAAUUUGGAACAUUCCUACGUUUGAACAACAUACUUCACACAAAGACAGCACCUGCGCAUCCAGCAACGAAUGGACUAGCCGAACGCUAUGUAGGACAUUUCAAGACAAAAUCUACACAGAUGAAAGUAAGUAAUGAAGCAUUACCAGUCAGAUUAGAUAAGUUUUUAUUCACGUAUAGAGUAACGUCUACAACGAUUGGAAAGUCACCUGCAGAGCUGUUAAUGAAUCGACAACCCAAGACAAGAUUCGAUUUACUAAGACAGAAGAGUUUCCAAGACACAAAGCAACAAGUCAAGAUUUUCCAAGAUAACUCGGAGUUCAAAACUGAUUUCAAACCGAGUCAAGCUGUAUUUGUUUUAAAUAUUGGUAAAGGGCAAAGUGGUUACCUGGAUAAAUUUUGAAGGAGAUUAGCCCAAGAAAUUAUGAAGUCCAAGUCGAGAACAUAGUUUGGAAAAGACACUGCACACAGAUUAGACCAAGGUACAUUCCAACUAAUUUAAAGUGGACCUAAACUCUGUACGUUUAGGGUCACCUUGGGUAAAUCAAGGGUCCUAAAAAUGAGUAAAUUAUUUUUUAGUGCAUUCCAUAUUUGUGAAAGCCCCCAUCAUGGCUCCCAAAGUUGUAGAACCCUUCGUAUAUGACCGCGCAGGAAAGAAGCAUGGGCUCUAAUCAGUCGAUGACGUCCGCCCAGGAUCACACAAUAAUUUUUUGCGCGUUUGAAAGUGCUUAGUCAUUAGUCACGAUAUUCGGUGUGAAAACAGUGGAAGUCCUCGAUUUUUUCUUUUUGACGGAAUUCUAACAAAUAUCUCAAAAAUGUCUUCAGAUGAGUCUGAAAGUGACAGGCAAGGAAGUGAAUUCGAAGAUUUCGCAAGCUUUUUGGAAGACAUUGACGAGCUUGGCCAAGAUUUUGCGUCUGCCUACCUUGACGAGCCACUGGCUGAUGAGGAAUACAUGCGUCGGUUCAAUCAAGAAACGGCAGAAAGAGUGCAGAAAGAAGAAAAAUUAAAAAAAAGAUUUGAAAAUGCUUUCGAUUUAGAGAAUUGGUGUAAAUGCGGUCAUUGCUCAGUGAAGCUACUUCAAAAUCCCGAGGAAUUCCUGUGCUGCCAAGAAUUGGAAGGCUACAUAGAAGCAUUGCAAAGUGAGGAGGUGCAGAGAGAUAUUGCUGGGGAAAUGACUUGUGUCACUGACCAUCCAGGUUUCGCAGAUGUCUGCCUUAAAAAAUGGUGCUUGAAGCAAGCUGCUGACAAAUAUAAGACAAGAGCAGGACAAAAGUAUGACAAAUCAGGAAAGGAAAAAAGAUUUAUUUUUAUCUUGGUUGCUGAGAAGUGUCUCCCAUUGAGAGUUUACACGCCUUAUAUAUGGAAAAUUGGGUAACAAACGCAUUCCUUGGCCUGCAUGUGCAUAUGAUGCAAUAAGGACAACCUUUCCAGUGGAUGGUCCAUUAACAGGUUUCACUGAAGAAGAUGAACUCAUGUAAAGAAAUACU